AUGAAUCUUUAUUAUUUGCUUCCCUAUAGAAUUUCCUAUGAUCCCACGAGAUACCCUAAAUACAUCCCUGAAGCGUAUUGUCUGUGCAAGGGCUGCCUCAUGGGGAUCUUUGGCGAGGAGAAUUUCCACUUCCGCAGCACCCCUGUGUACAUGCCGACAGUGAUCCUCCGCCGCACCUCCUCCUGCGCGGGGGGCCGCUACGUCUACACAGAGGAUUAUGUCACUAUCCCAGUGGGCUGCACUUGUGUACCUGAGCAAGAGAAGGAGGCCGAAAGCGUAAAUUCCAGCAUAGACAAGCAAGAAAUGAAGCUGCUGGUAAGCCAGAACAAGCCGUCAUCAGAAUGA